AGGAGUAUUAAACCUUUCAGGUGCUGAACUUAGCAGCAGGUGCAUCUUUGGACAAACGGCAGAGGAGACAGGAGACAGGAAGUGGCGAUUUCAACACACUUGGAUCAUAACAUUUGCUUCAUUUUGUGGCUCCCAUCAGCGUUUCCAUGGCAUCACCGUGCCUCAGCUCCGUGCUGACAAACGCCAACCUCGCCAUGUACCAGACAGGUCUACCUGAUGCUCUGCCCAAUCCCGCCGUCAACACCCAGCACCACGGCAGCGUGGGUUAUAACUCCAACACCAACACCACCGGUCAGUGGUAUGCUCAGAUGAACCCGCUCCACUGGACCGCUGAUAAUGUGAUGGAGUGGAUCAGCCACCAUGUAGAACGCACCGAGUUCGAUGCAAGUACCCUGACCCUGGCCUACUGUGCCAUGGAUGGCCACACUUUGUGCCAAAUGAACCUGGAACAGAUGGUCGGUGUCUUUGGUCCUGAGCUCGGCCCACACCUCCACCAGAACUUGCAAGAAAGCAAAGCUAAAUAUGAACUGCAGAGCCUAUCAGGACCGGAACUCAACGAGACCUGCCAGCUCCUGGAUAAGUUCCUGCAUAACCUAAACUUCCCAGACAACCUGUCAUUCCCGUUGCUCAGCACCAUCAAAAUGGGUCAAGAGGACUGCACCAUCAAGGGGGAAUUUGACUACAGUGAUAAUUAUGAUCUGCUCGGCCUUACCAUGGGUGUCAUGACGCCGCUGGGUGACGAGUGCAUGUCUGAUACCCAGUCUGACAGCGAUUGCAGCUCCUCAUCCAACAGUGGCAUGUUUGGCUUCCCCAACCUCGGUUCACCGGAGUCCGGCAGUGGAGAAUCGGACCCAGAGUUCUCCUACCCCAUGAUAUCAAAGUCUCUGGUAAAAAAGGAAAAAGUCGAGUCACAAAUUAAGCGACCGCGAGGCCGACCUCCGAAAGUCAGCAGAGAGCACAGCAGCAACAUUUACGAGCUUUCAAAGAAAACCAAACACGCGCCUCGUAGCACUCAUCUUUGGGAGUUCAUCAGGGAUAUUCUCAUCCACCCGGAGAAGAACCAGGGCUUGAUGAAGUGGGAAGAUCGGCGUGAGGGCGUGUUUAAGUUCCUGAAGUCUGAAGCUGUGGCUCAGAUGUGGGGGCAGAAGAAGAAGAACAGCAGCAUGACGUAUGAGAAACUCAGUCGUGCUAUGAGGUAUUACUACAAACGGGAAAUCCUUGAGCGGGUGGACGGACGGCGGCUCGUGUACAAAUUCGGAAAGAAUUCCAGCGGCUGGAAAGUUGAAGAGCUCGGAAUGAGCAUGUAAAGGUUCAUUGCCGAUGGCCGUUGCAAUCCAAAAGCUAAUCUGUGCAGGAGUUAGGAACUUGUAAGACUCGUUUUUCCUGUCAGGGGGGAAAUCCUCGCCACCCAAAUGUUAAGACACGAACUUCCUUUCCGAGGGAAGGUGUCGCAGAAAAUGUAAGCCAGUGUUUUUGGCUCCAGUAGGUUUUAUGAACCAAUUUUAAUAUUGAUUGUGUGUAUUGGAUAUUGCUUUGUUGUUUCAUCUCUCGCAUCACAGCUGCAUUGGAAUUGGAAUAUUGGAAUCUUCCCGCCAAAAGUCAAAUUAUUUCACUUUCAAGGGAUCACAGUUCAGAAUCGGGGAGCAUUUCGACAAUUAGGAAGUCUGUCAUUUUCAGACAUCACCAAUUUGCAACAUUGAAUUUAUAUUCACAGUAAUCAGCAUUCUUGGAAUAGUUCACUCCGUAUGCAGUAGGGGUGUCACAAGAUCUUGGGAGAUUAAAACGUGACAAAAAAGGAAGAGAGUUCACUCUGUGCAUUGGUUUCAGCACCGACCCAUAGAACAACGACAUGAAUAGAGUGAAACCCUAUAGAGUUGAAAACUCAUCUCGUGACACCCCCGUUAUGCAGUCAAUCUAUAUCACAUACUGUAAAUAAUUAAUAUAAUUUUCUUUUAAACAGCAGCCAUGUGCGCUACAUCUUUUGCUAUCACUUAUUCAAAAGUGUACGACACAAACUUUGAGGAGAAACAAGCGGUCAUGAUAUCACACCAUUAAUAUACUGUAUGUAUAAUCCUGACAAUAUUUUUUGAUAUCCUGUUAUAUGUCAUUUUUAUUUUACUGUAUAUUUUUCAUUUUAUAAUAAAUAAAUACAUGUGUA